GCUUUGCAGUGCAGUGCAAGCCUGCGUUUGGCAGUGUGUCUGACUCUGUGGCUGUCUCAGCUCAAGGGGAAUCAGUUUGUCGCUUUGCUCUACUGGUCUGACCAGUACAGGUAAAGAAAAGCUUUUUUGUCCUGGUAGUGUAGCUCAGUACAGCGUUGUCUGCAUGUCUGUGAGGAUUUUAGUUGUGGUUUUGUAUUAGAAUAUAACUGUUCUUCUCUUUUAUACUGCUGUGCUGUUUUAUUGAAAUACAUUUUGAUUUGUUUUUAUUGAUUUAUUCAUGUGUUAAGGCUAAUGAGACAAACUUGCUAAGAGCAGUAAGAGUUGUCACUGUAAGCUGUUAAUUUGAUUCAACAUCAUUCUGUCAGGAAGGGCUGAAAUGAGACUGAAGACAGUUGUCAUUUACAUUAGAGUAGACAGUAGAUGUGUUUGUGUUUGUGGUGUGUAGCUGUCAGAUAGUAAAAACUGUUGUCUCACUGGAAUGAACCCAACAACCUUGUGAUGCUGUGUGUGCAUACGUGUGUGUGUGUGAGGAAGGUGUGUUUGAGCCUGUGUCGUCGUGUGCCUUUGAGACAUAAGCUGAUCUGGAUGCAGGACACAUCACUGCCCAGUCUGUGAGGAGGUAGGGAGGGAGGGAACGAGGGAAGGGAACAAAGGAGAGAGGGUAUCUGUCUAGGUGAAGGAGUUUGCGGUGCAUGUCUGUCUGGAGGGAUGGAGGGAGAGAGGGAAAGAGGAAGGGAAGAGCGAGGGAGGGAGGGAGGGGGGAUAGAAGGGAAGAGCGAGGGAGAAAAGGUAUCUGUCUAGGUGAGGGAGGGAGCAGUGCAUGUCUGUCUGGAGGGAGGGAGAGAGGGAGAGAGGGAGGGAAGAGCGAGGGAGGGAGGGGGGAUAGAAGGGAAGAGCGAGGGAGAGAAGGUAUCUGUCUAGGUGAGGGAGGGAGCGGUGCAUGUCUGUCUGGAGGGAGGGAGAGAGGGAGAGAGGGAGGGAAGAGCGAGGGAGGGAGGGGGGAUAGAAGAGAAGAGCGAGGGAGAAAAGGUAUCUGUCUAGGUGAGGGAGGGAGCAGUGCAUGUCUGUCUGGAGGGAGGGAGAGAGGGAGAGAGGGAGGGAAGAGCGAGGGAGGGAGGGGGGAUAGAAGGGAAGAGUGAGGGAGAGAAGGUAUCUGUCUAGGUGAGGGAGGGAGCGGUGCAUGUCUGUCUGGAGGGAGGGAGAGAGGGAGAGAGGGAGGGAAGAGCGAGGGAGGGAGGGGGGAUAGAAGGGAAGAGCGAGGGAGAGAAGGUAUCUGUCUAGGUGAGGGAGGGAGCGGUGCAUGUCUGUCUGUCUGGAGGGAGGGAGGGAGUUCAUCAUAGCCAAGCUGUAGGCUCCAGAAUAGAAUGACGUUAUGGUGCUGUCAAAAUAAUCAGGAUAGAGACCAUAGUAAUAGAACAUGCAUAGAACCUCUGACCAUGGCAAAUUGCUUUGCGUACACCAUAGGCAAUAGGGUACCAUUUGACACGCGGCCUUGGACUGUGUGUGUUGGAAUGUCACACUGUGUGGUUGAUCUGCUAGGUCAGUCAGACUGAGAUCAAAGAGGUGAAGGCUGGAGGAUGCUCUCUAGGUUUCUUCCUAGGUUCCUGCCUUUCUAGGGAGUUUUUACAUCAACAAGGCCACAGAUGUCUCAAGUUUUGAGGGAGCGUGCAAUUGGCAUGCUGACUGCAGGAAUGAGCUGUUGCCAGAGAAUUGAAUGCUUAUUUCUCUACCAUAAGCCACCUCCAAUGUCGUUUUAGAGAAUUUGGCAGUACCUCCAACCGACCUCACAACCGCAGACCACGUGUAACCACGCCAGCCCAGGACCUCCAAAUCUGGCUUCUUCACCUGAGGGAUCGGAUCGUCUGAGACCAGCCACCGGACAGCUGAUGAAAUUGUGGUUUUCACAACCGAAGAAUUUCUGCACCAACUGUCAGAAACCGUCUCAGGGAAGUUCAUCUGCGUGCUCGUCGUCCUCACCAGGGUCUUGACCUGACUGCAGUUCGUCGUUGUAACCGACUUCAGUGGGCAAAUGCUCACCUUCGAUGGCCACUGGCAUGCUGGAGAAGUGUGCUCUUCACGUAUGAAUCCCGGUUUCAACUGUACCGGGCAGAUGGCAGACAGCGGGUAUGGCGUUGUGUGGGCGAGCGGUUUGCUGAUGUCAACUUUGUGAACAGAGUGCCCCAUGGUGGCGGUGGGGUUAUGGUAUGGGAAGGCAUAAGCUAACGACAAUGAACACAAUUGCAUCCUGAGGCCCAUUGUCUAGUCAUUCAUCCUUCGCCAUCACCUCAUGUUUCAGAAUGAUAAUGCACAGCACCAUGUCACAAGGAUCUGUACACAAUUCCUGGAAGCUGAAAAUGUCCCAGUUCUUCCAUGGCCUGCAUACUAACCAGACAUGUCACCCAUUGAGCAUGUUUGGGAUGCUCUGGAUCAACGUGUACGACACGUGUUCCAGUUCCCGUCAAUAUCCAUUAACUUCGCACAGCCAUUGAAUAGGAAUGGGACAACAUUCCACAGGCCACAAUCAAAAGCCUGAUCAACUCUAUAAGAAGGAGAUGUGUCGCGCUGCAAAUGGUGGUCACACCAGAUACAGAAUGGUUUUCUGAUUACAUUUACAUUUAUAUUUACGUCAUUUAGCAGACGCUCUUAUCCAGAGCGACUUACAAAUUGGUGCAUUCACCCUAUGAUAGCCAGUGGGACAACCACUUUACAAUAUAUACAGUGAGGGAAAAAAGUAUUUGAUCCCCUGCUGAUUUUGUACGUUUGCCCACUGACAAAGACAUGAUCAGUCUAUAAUUUUAAUGGUAGGUUUAUUUGAACAGUGAGAGACAGAAUAACAACAAAAACAUCCAGAAAAAUGCAUGUCAAAAAUGUUAUAAAUUGAUUUGCAUUUUAAUGAGGGAAACAAGUAUUUGACCCCUCUGCAAAACAUGACUUAGUACUUGGUGGCAAAACCCUUGUUGGCAAUCACAGAGGUCAGACGUUUCUUGUAGUUGGCCACCAGGUUUGCACACAUCUCAGGAGGGAUUUUGUCCCACUCCUCUUAAGAUUUCGAGGCUGACGUUUGGCAACUCGAACCUUCAGCUCCCUCCACAUAUUUUCUAUGGGAUUAAGGUCUGGAGACUGGCUAGGCCACUCCAGGACCUUAAUGUGCUUCUUCUUGAGCCACUCCUUUGUUGCCAUGGCUGUGUGUUUUCGGUCAUUGUCAUGCUGGAAUACCCAUCCAUGACCCAUUUUCAAUGCCCUGGCUGAGGGAAGGGGGUUCUCACCCAAGAUUUGACGGUACAAGCCCCGUCCAUCGUUCCUUUGAUGCAGUGAAGUUGUCCUGUCCCCUUAGCAGAAAAACACCCCAAAGCAUAAUGUUUCCACUUCCAUGUUUGACAGUGGGGAUGGUGUUCUUGGGGUCAUAGGCAACAUUCCUCCUCCUCCAAACACGGCAAGUAGAGUUGAUGCCAAAGAGCUCGAUUUUGGUCUCAUCUGACCACAACACUUUCACCCAGUUCUCCUCUGAAUCAUUCAGAUGUUCAUUGGCAAACUUCAGACGGGCCUGUAUAUGUGCUUUCUUGAGCAGGGGGACCUUGCGGGCGCUGCAGGAUUCCAGUCCUUCACGGCGUAGUGUGUUACCAAUUGUUUUCUUGGUGACUAUGGUCCCAGCUGCCUUGAGAUCAUUGACAAGAUCCUCCCGUGUAGUUCUGGGCUGAUUCCUCACCGUUCUCAUGAUCAUUGCAACUCCACGAGGUGAGAUCUUGCAUGGAGCCCCAGGCCGAGGGAGAUUGACAGUUCUUUUGUGUUUCUUCCAUUUGCGAAUAAUCGCACCAACUGUUGUCACCUUCUCACCAAGCUGCUUGGCGAUGGUCUUGUAGCCCAUUCCAGCCUUGUGUAGGUCUACAAUCUUGUUCCUGACAUCCUUGGAGAGCUCUUUGGUCUUGGCCAUGGUGGAGAGUUUGGAAUCUGAUUUAUUGAUUGCUUCUGUGGACAGGUGUCUUUUAUACAGGUAACAAGCUGAGAUUAGGAGCACUCCCUUUAAGAGUGUGCUCCUAAUCUCAGCUCGUUACCUGUAUAAAAGACACCUGGGAGCCAGAAAUCUUUCUGAUUGAGAGGGGGUCAAAUACUUAUUUCCCUCAUUAAAAUGCAAAUCAAUUUAUAACAUUUUUGACAUGCGUUUUUCUGGAUUUUUUUGUUGUUAUUCUGUCUCUCACUAUUCAAAUAAAUCUACCAUUAAAACUAUAGAAUGAUCAUUUCUUUGUCAGUGGGCAAAUGUACAAAAUCAGCAGGGGAUCAAAUACUUUUUUCCCUCACUGUAUAUAUAUAUUAUAUAUAUAUAUUUUUUUAAUUUGGGGGGGGGGGGGGGGGGGGGGGGGGGAGAGGGUAGAAGGAUUACUUUUAUCCUAUCCCAGGUAUUCCUUACAGAGGUGGGGUUUCAAGUGUCUCCGGAAGGUGGUGAGUGACUCUGCUGUCCUGGCGUCGUGAGGGAGCUUGUUCCAACGCAAUGCCCUCGUUUGGGUGUAGGGACUGAUCAGAGCCUGAAGGUAUGGAGGUGCCGUUCCCCUCACAGCUCCGUAGGCAAGCACCAUGGUCUUGUAGCAGAUGCGGCUUCAACUGGAAGCCAGUGGAGUGUGCGGAGGAGCGGGGUGACGUGAGAGAACUUGGGAAGGUUGAACACCAGACGGGCUGCAGCGUUCUGGAUGAGUUGUAGGGGUUUAAUGGCACAGGCAGGGAGCCCAGCCGACAGCGAGUUGCAGUAAUCUACAGGAUCGAGUCACCGCUUUGAUGUUAGCGGAGAACGACAGGGUGUUGUCCAGCGUCAUGCCAAGGUUCUUUGCACUCUGGGAGGAGGACACAACAGAGUUGUCAACCGUGAUGGCGAGAUCAUGGAGCGGGCAGUCCUUCCCCGGGAGGAAGAGCAGCUCCGUCUUGCCGAGGUUCAGCUUGAGGUGGUGAUCCGUCAUCCACACUGAUAUGUCUGCCAGACAUGCAGAGAUGCAAUUCACCACCUGGUUAUCAGAAGGGGGAAAGGAGAAGAUUAAUUGUGUGUCGUCUGCGUAGCAAUGAUAGGAGAGACCAUGUGAGGAUAUGACAGAGCCAAGUGACUUGGUGUAUAGAGAGAAUAGGAGAGGGCCUAGAACUGAGCCCUGGGGGACACCAGUGGGUGUAGGAGCGACCUGUGAGGUAGGACACAAUCCAAGAGUGAGCCGCGCCGGAGAUGCCCAACUCGGAGAGGGUGGAGAGGAGGAUCUGAUGGUUCACAGUAUCAAAGGCAGCAGAUAGGUCUAGAAGGAUGAGAGCAGAGGAGAGAGAGUUAGCUUUAGCAGUGUGGAGAGCCUCCGUGACACAGAAAAGAGCAGUCUCAUUUGAAUGACCAGUCUUGAAACCUGACUAGUUUGGAUCAAGAAGGUCAUUCUGAGAGAGAUAGCAAGAGAGUUGGCUAAAGACGGCACGCUCAAGAGUUUUGGAGAGAAAAGAAAGAAGGGAUACUGGUCUGUAGUUGUUGACAUCGGAGGGAUCGAGUGUAGGUUUUUUGAGAAGGGGUGCAACUCUCGCUCUCUUGAAGACAGAAGGGACAUAGCCAGUGGUCAUGAAAAUGUAGAGAGGAGGGAGUGAAAAGAUGACAGGUCGGCAGGGAGUCUAGUUUUCCUCCAUUUCCGCUCGGCUGCCCGGAGCCCUGUUCUGUGAGCUCGCAAUGAGUCGUCAAGCCACGGAGCAGGAGUGGAGGACCGAGCCGGCCGGGAGGAUAGGGGACAUAGAGAGUCAAAAGAUGCAGAAAGGGAGGAGAGGAUGGUUGAGGAGGCAAUGCCCUUACAUUUUUUAAGGUAUCUGUGACCAACAGAUGCAUAUCUGUACUCCCAGUCAUGUGAAAUCCAUAGAUUAGGGCCACAUAUCUUUCAAUUGACUGAUUUCUUUAGAUGAACUGUAACUCAGUAAAAUCUUUGAAAUUGUUGCAUGUUGUGUUUAUAUUUUUGUUCAGUACAUCAGACACAACAUCACUGGGUUGGGGAGGGAUUGACAUUGAAGACAUGAAGCCCAGUUUCAUGAUCUUGAUCUCAGGGUGAUCUGAGGGUGUUAGCUAGUAUCUUGUAGGCUGUUGAUUGAUGUUCCUGGAUUUAUAGUAUCAACUGUUCUGUUCUAUUUUCUAGCUAGUUUGAGACUACUUGGCAUGCAUGACUUCUACUGAAGUUGUUAAAAUAGUCUCUUUCAGGUUUGCAAGUUUUCUUGAAUAGUUUUGUGUUGAUUGGAUUAAAUUGACUGGAAUGACACUUGGGUUUGGCAGUGGUACGCAUCUGUCCAUGUUUGUAUGACACCCUCCAUUUCACUCUGAAAUGGAGCCACAGAAAGCAGGAUAAUUUGAGUGGGCGAGUGCGCUGUGUGAGUGUUCCCGGAAGACGUGUUUGUGUGUGUGUUUGUACGCGUGCGUGUGUCUGUGUGUGAGUAUCUGGUGGGUGGAAAAUGGUCCUGAAACAGCUCCACGUCGUGACCACAAAAGCUCUCCACCGCCAACUAACUAUUCCCACUGAAAUACACUGUUGCCAUGUCAAUUACACAGUUUAGGAGACUGACAUUCUCAAAAACACUAAAUUAUUAAAGUAAAAAUGUGAAAUAAAGGACAUGAUAUGGAUCUAUAGUAUAUAUUGGAGUCCAUAUGCACAGGAAUCAUGGAUGUAUGGCUGUCCAAUGUUUACAUUACAACAUAUAUCCAUGAACCCUACCCACACACACUAGGGCUGGGAUACAAUAUUAUCACGAUAUUUAGGUGCCAAUACGAUAUGUAUUGCGAUUUUAUAUGUAUCACAACUUAUCACAAUUCUAUAUGUAUGGCGAUUUUGAUACUGCAAUGUUAUUGCGAUUCAAUGUUCCAAACAUAUUGCUCACUAUAUGUCUGCUGCAGAGAGACAAGAGAGCCACGAGAAAACGAUCAGUUAUGGAAAUAAAAGUGCUGAAAACAUGUUUGGCUCACCAUUGAAAAAGAAGAUUGAGGCCAAGCUAUAGAACAGUGGUUCCCAACUUUUUUGGUUACUGUACCACCAACAGAAUUUUGCUCUGCCCAGAGUAGCCCUGAAGUACCCCCUCGUGCAUUUGACCAGUAGGCCUAUGGUCUCAUGAGUCUUCUCAUGGCCUAUCCCUGUGGAUAGGCCAAGUACCCCCUGUGGAUAGGUCCUAGUACCCCUGGUUGGGAACGACUGCUAUAGAAGGAGAAAUACCAGAGUUCUGGCACAGGUACAGCCGACUAGCACUAGCUAACGUUAAAACUGGAAUCCUUAAUGGUGAAACUGCCACGUCCGUUUGCGUUAUUACAACAACAAAGACGUUCCGGCAAACAAUGAAUACUGUUUAUUUCCCUCGGACAUCAUUGCACUGCAAUUUUUUUACCUUAAUGCGCGACGGUCCCCCAGCACUCCCCACCUUUGCUUCGUCAACAAAAACAGUUUUUAAACCUCAAAUACACUACAAGUUUGUAUUUCCUGCAGGAAAAUUGUCAGCAACAAAAGAGUGAUCAAAUUAAGAUCCUACAUCUGUAGGUCUAAUGGGUAAAGGUAUCAUCUAGAUAAAAUAGUUUCUGACCAGUGGAGGGUAUCCGGGUCGUAUUCAUUAGUGCACACCGUAGCAAAACAUUUUGCAACGAAAAACGAAAACAUGCUUCCUUUGCUUUAGUUUGGUUCAUAGUGAAUACGACCCUGGGCACACAAUUGUUGGCUCAAAGUUAUCUGCCAAUCACAGGCCCAGGCCCAGGACCAUUUCUGAUUGGCCAGUAGGUUUGGCUGCUGUCUUCCUGCCUGAAGCUGUGUUUCCAUGGUGAUUUCUGCAGUUAGAAUGCUGCCAAUACUCCCAAGUAUAGAUUUAAGUAUAUAUUUUUUAUAUUAAACAAUCAGCCUUAGAUGGACAGAAAGCAAUCAUUAAAUGAAUUAUCAAUCAAUAAGGACAGACCUUAAGUGAAUAUUUCAUUGACACACUAUGAUUGACAAGAUAUGGUUGGUUUAGACAUGUCACUGACGACUGUGUGUAUGUGUGUGUGUGUGUCUACCUGUGUGUGUGUGUCACAGAGCAAGUGUCUGCGCGGAUUGUGCAGGAGGUGACAGCCGAGGCGGUGGCAGUACUGAAGGGAGAACAGGAGACAAGACUGCCCUCAGGUACACAUGCACGCAGCACACACACACACACACUCUUGACAUGUCCCGGCCCUCCCCUCUCUUCCCUCCCCACCCCUCCAGAGGAAGCAUAGCGAUUCUGAGUGUGACACAAGAGGUCCUUUUGGCCGAUGUCAGUGGACAGAAAUGGUGCCGUUGGGGUGUGUGCGUGUAGGGGUUAGAGAGCCGUGUCAGGACUGGACAGCUGUCAGAGUAGAUCUACCAUGGUGGUAGUGCUGGGGGCCACAUAGCAACACUGACCCUCAAUAUGUAGUAGCCUCUCUAUUCCCGGAUGCGACGUCUGUCUGUCAGCACAUCUAUGGCAUCAUACAUCUAUGGAGGGUUAGUGUGUGAGCCAGCCUUGAGGUCACUGAAGGGAAGGUUGUAAGGACUGUGCUGUUUCUUUUUGUUAUGCAUUGCUUUAAAUGGUCUGUCUGUUAUAAGGAAGCCUGUAAUGUUCUUGCAUUACUACUAUUAGCUAAUUCACUAUUACAGUUCCUCACAUUUCCACCAGAGAAUGCUCAUUAGAGGAAUUACUCAGCAAAAAACAGCCAUUAUAGUAUUUAUUCACAUCUUUACUAUUCACAGAGACUUUCAGAGGAGCUUUAAAGGAUUAACCAGAGAGAGAGCGAGAUAUAGAGGGAGGGAGGGAGGGAGGGAUGGAGAGAGAAAGAAAGAGAGAGAGACACUCCAGGCUUCAUCAGCUACUAUCUCAACACACACACAGACACACACACAGACACACACACAGCACACACACACAGACACACACGCACAGAUACACACACACACACACACACACACACACACACACACACACACACACACACACACACACACACACACACACACACACACACACACACACACUAGCUGUUUUCAAACUUCACUCCCUAUAAAUUGUCAUCUCUCUUUGUCUGUCUCACUCUGUCUGUUUUUCUGUAGUUGAAGACACAGCAAACCUGCCUCCCUCCCCUCCUCCCUCUCCUGCUGCUGAGCACUGCUUCGGACCCCUGGAUCAAGGUAAGGUCCUGAGAGAGAGAUGAGAGAGAGAUAUGAGGGAGAGAGAGAGAUGAGAGACAGAUGAGAGAGAGCGAGAGAGAGAUGAGAGAGUGACAUGUUAUCAUCAUGAGUGUAUGUGAAGUGGAGUUGUAUUUGACCGUGCUGAGACGAGUUGGACCCCAUUCCUUCUGCCAAUUGGAGGAUACUGUAUGUGUCACCUUCAGAGGAACCAUUCACAGAGGCUACCUACCUGGGUCGUGUGGUUACACAGAAACAGGAAACCAAACCCAGGAAGUGUUUCUUAGACAUUCAUUCUCUUUGAACAGAAGUCCUCUCCCUUCUCCUCAUCUUCCUUUUUACCCCAGAUUUAGAAAUGCUCUUCAUCACUUCUUUACCUCAAUUCCUCCAUCCACAAGCCCAUACUCCUUCAUCCUCCCCCCUUCCCUGACCAUGUGUCUUGUAAUGCAAGUGCAUGACCUUUGCAUGACCUCACCCAUCCUCACUCUUCUUCACCCCUCACCGGCAUCCUUCCUCUCCCCUAACUUUCCUCACCCACCCCUCCUGUCCUUGCAGAUAUAACUCUGGUAGCCUGUUUGCCUUCCUAACCUCUCUUGUUUCCACUGGUGUAUCUUUGUCUUUACUCUUCUGUCUUGUGUUUAAGCAUGUGUUCUUGUUAGUUUUUCCUUGUUCUCUGCCCAUGCUUGUUUGUCUUCCUGGUUUGUUUCUGAUCGUGCCUGACAUGUUGUCUGUGUUCGUCUAGUCAAGUCUGACUGCAGUGGACAUGUGACCUAUGACAGAGAUUGUGGGAGGAGCCAGCCAUGCUCAGACAGACAGGUGGUUGAAUUUACAUGUUAGCUACUUCCUGAUGUUCAGAAAAUGGAAACUCCCUCUCUUCCUAUUUUAUUACGUAGCAAUCUCCCUUAGAUUUAAAUGUCUUUAUCAAUUCAUAUAUACAUUUAAUUAGGUUUAUAAGAGAACACCUUGGCACCACUGUGCUACUAGGGGUAGUGAGUAAAUACCUCAGCCAGCAAGCAAAGUCAUCGGCCCACUGGCGGCACUACAACACUUUGCUCAUCAGCACUGCAGCAGUCGGUCCAAUAACAUUAGCUUUCAAUGAAUGUAAUUGUUACAUUGCUUUACAUCACGGUCACUGUUACAUUGUUCUGACUAUGUGAUCCCAUCUUCUCUCUGAGUAUGGCGGACCCCAAACUCAGUCACUUUCAGUUGCUGGUCAUUUCGGGGUGUGUGGUUGUUCUGUAUCUUCGAGGAGAUGGGAAGAGACGAGAGGAGAGAGAGAGAGAAGAGCGAGAGGAGGCGAGCGCGAGAGCGAGAGAGAGGAGGAGAGAGAGCGAGAGAGAGAGAGAGAUUGAAGAGAGAGAAGAGAGGAGAGAGAGGGGAUCAUGGAGCGCGUUUCAAGGCGCGACUGUACGCCAUACAGUAGAGCGAUUAUAAGUAUGGUAGUCUCUCUUUCUCUCCUCUCUCUCUCUCUCUCCUCUCUCUCUUCUCUCUCUCUUCCUUUCCUGUCAUACUUUGUCUAAGUUUUCCCUGUUCUUUCUCUCUUUCCUUUUCUCUUUAUCUCUACCAGUUUCUCUCUCUCGCUCUCAUCAGUCUCUCUCUCUCUCUCUCUCUCUCUCUCUCUCUCUCUCUCUCUCUCCCUCUCUCUCUCUUUCUCCCCAACACUUAAGUCCCUCUAUCCCCCCUUCUACCUCCCUCCCUCCCUGUGUGUUUUCUCUGUGUGUGUCCAGAUUUCCCCUACAGUACGUUCUUCUCUUGCGUGUCUGUUGUUUGUCCCUCUACCUCCUUCCCCUUCCCCUCCCUCACUUUCUUUCCCUCCCUGUCUGUUUCUCUGCGUCUCUCCCUCCCCCUCUCCCCCUCUCCCCCUCUCCCCCUCUCCCCGCCUGUCUUUCUGUCUGUCUGCCUGUCUGUCUGUCUGUCUGUCUGUCUGUCUGUCUGUCUGUCUGUCUGUCUGUCUGUCUGUCUGUCUGUCUGUCUGUCUGUCUGUCUGUCUGUCUGUCUGUCUGUCUGUCUGUCUGUCUGUCUGUCUGUCUGUCUGUCUGUCUGUCUGUCUGUCUGUCUGUCUGUCUCUCUCUCUCUCUCUCUCUCUCUCUCUCUCUCUCUCUCUCUCUCUCUCUCUCUCUCUCUCUCUCUCUCUCUCUCUCUCUCUCUCUCUCUCUCUCUCUCUCUCUCUCUCUCUCUCUAUCUCUCUCUCUCUCUGUGUGUGUCCAGAUUUCCACUGCAGUACGUUCUUCUCCUGUGUGUCUGUUGUUUGUAGAUGUAGGGGAUGAGGAGGAGGAGGCCUGCCCUCUCCACCACUUCCAAAAUUCUCGGGAGAGGUGCAAGUUCCUCGCCCCCUCCAUCUCUGUGUCUAUGCCCGAGGAUGGCCCCUACCACUCUGACGAGGAAUACUAUGAUCACCCCUUGUUCAGCCCUGAGUGGGAUCGCUCUGUCUCCUCUCGGCCCUCAGUGCCGGCCGCUGCCUUUAGACAGAUCCAAGGUGAACCGCGCAUGGUUCCUCUACGUACGCCAUUCUUCCUUCCUAUCUUCCCUUCUUCCUCCUACCUUCCUCUUUCUCCUCUCUUUUACCCUCGAUCCCCCUUUUCUGUGGUUCGACCAAUAACCUCCGUCUUUCCGUCCGUCCGUGUGUUUGUUUGUGUCCCUAUGGUGUCAAUUAGCUCAAAGAAUCUGAGCACUUUCAUGUUUUGUGAUGUUUUUGAUGAUCUAGUUUUUUGUGAUUUUCCUUUUAUUUCUAUAUCUCAAUCAAAGCCAUUUGUUCCCUAUAGUCAACUUUGCCUCCGGAAGCAUCCCAUUACUUAUCAAAGUGAUCCGAUUAAUAUAAACCUAACUGUAUUCAUUUAUAAUUUGAACACAAACUUGGCUGAGAAAAUUAUUAAACCUACAUGUGCAUACUUGCAAGUAUACAUAUCAUGAACUGCAUACAUAUUUCUGUAUACAGGUUAAAAAAAAUGGCAUAUGCAAAUCACGCAAACAGAGUGGCAUGCAGGCCCAGGACUUGUUGUGGUCCAAAUGGCUUGCAGCAAUAUACAGAGGAUUGUUGUGCAUGAACUAAGACUUGUUCCAUGCACAUGUUUUCCUCUCUGCCGGUCUGUGACAUCUUCAUGCCAUGUGUUAUGUAUCUGUCUGUCAUCUCUCCCUCAAAGACAAACUCAUCCCUGAGCUCUCCCUUCUCAUGUGUCCCACCACCCGCUCAUACACACACACACCCGUUGUAGAUCACCGGAUUCACAGGAAGACUGUCAGCUCAACACACACACAUACACACACACUGCACUGCAAACACACACACAUGCUCUCAGAGGACACACAGCACAAACACUCUCAAUACGCUCUCUCACAACUCCAAAAGGCUUAUAGUAUUAGUCGACAAAGACAUGUCCUUACUUAGCACCUCAUCAAGGCUGAUGUUUCCUGUAGUAGGCUGGAGGAAGGGGCGCAAUGCACCACAAAAAUCUGAGGGGGCACAACAUAUGUGAGGAUGGCUGGGGGGUGGUCCGGAGGGUGGCUUGGCUUUGCCUUUUUCAAACACCUGAAACAGCUUUUUGAAAUCUAGAGCCAUAAUCAAUAUGCUUCAUUCUAUGUAAAAAAAUAUGUAUAUUUUUCUGCAUAUCUAAGCAUAUCUCUUGACUGCUGGUUCUUUUUUUUAAAGAAACUAAAUAUGCUUCUCUGCAUCUCUGCUAAAAUCUGGGUAAAAGAUUGAAAGGAAUGUGAGUCUUAUUCAUUACAUUUAGCUAUUGCUUGCUUUUCUAAAGUAUGCCAACUUUGCCAACAGGCAUGCCAGCUAAGCUAGUUAGACAAGCUAGCUACUCUAACUUGAUUGACAGCAUGAAAUGGCUUCUUGGUAGCUAGUUAUGAGGUUGGAAGAUUGGGAACCUAUCUGGGCUAGCUAAAGCCAACUUCAUAGAAUUGCUAGGUGGCUAGUAUUAGUACAGAGAAACAACGUCUCUAUGUCUCCAGCUUGCAGACUGUAUAAAGGCGUCCGCAUGCUUCAGUUCGGCUGGCCGAGCUCAGCUAGUCGAACCAAACGAGUGUGCUCACAUACUUCUUUAAAAGACCUUCACUUAAAAAAAGAGAAAAAAGCGGCAAUAGUACUGUUUGUCCACUUUGAGACACCAUAGCCAGUAUACACUUCCUAAAAAUAACAAGAAAUCUGUCAUUAAUUUUGACGUUUUUGCCAAGGAGAGCUUAGUCGCACAAUUUUGCAUCUGACUAGGAUGUUUGGUGCAGUACUUCUCAAGUGAAAAAAUUUACAUGAGGCCGAGUCGUCUCUCGUUGAAAGACAACAGGCAUUUCAUUGAAGAAUCCCUACUGUUGACCAAUCGCCAACAAGGGGGUGUAGACUUCGGCUACCGACUUCGGCUUGCCUCAAGAAAAAAUGUUGUGUGCCUGAACAGCUGAAAAAACUCUUGCCAAUGUCUAAAACUAACAAAUACGUCACAAAAUGUCAUCAUAAUAUACAAUAUGCACCAACUGAUCCAAACUGUUUCGGCUGGGAUGCAUGCGGACGCCUGAAUUCAUCAGUCCUCCUCUCUGUCUCCUCUCCCUGAGCAGAGAGUGCCCCUGCUGUGAUGUGACCCAGCAGGCUGUACACUGCUGCCACAUCCAGUCACUGCCCUGCUCUACACACACACGCGAGCUAGCACACACACACACACACACACACACACACACACACACACACACACACACACACGCGUACACACACACACACACACACACACACACACACACACACACACAGCAGCUCAGCCGCCUGGCAUAACAUAUAAAACCCUGAGCACUCUGCCACAUGGCGAGGAGAGGCGUAGCGCUGCCGCAUAAAUGCUUUUGGGUUGAGCAGCAUAUUUCUGCCUCUAAGCAGGAUUUUAGAAUCAGAAUUUGCACCUCAUAGUCAGCAUGACAGCUUAGGAGUUAGGAGCAGAGGCACCCCCAGCCCACAGUCAAAGAAAUCAAUCACACAUCACUGUGCAGAGCAGAGCAUCCUCCGCAUGCAGAACAGUACCGCAGCUCUGCAUACUGUGGCCCCUUUAUCCACAGGGAAUGGAUUAGGGAGACGCAAGAGAAUUAUCAAACUUUAGGUGUGUGUGCUGAUCACAUAGAGAGGAUGUGAGGAUAUGCUUGUUUGGGGAUCUGUUCCAUAUCUUCUAAUGGUUUGGGUUUGGAGGGUUGAGUACUGAUCCAGGACUGAUCCUAGAACAGUGAUAAAGGACGUGUUCUCCUUGGAGCCACUGUCUGUCUCUGCCUACACUCUAUACUAUCUAGAACCUAAAAGGGUUCUUUGGCUGUCCUCAGAGGAGAACCCUUUGAAGAACCCUUUUUGGUUCCAGGUAGAACCCUUUUGGUUCCAGGUAUAACUUUUUUGGUUCCAUGUAGAACCUUUUUUGGUUCCAUGUAGAACCCUUUCCACAGAGGGUUCUACAUGGAACCCAAAAGGGUUCUACCUGGAACAAAAAAGGGUUCUACCUGGAACUAAAAAGGGUUCUCCUAUGGGGACACCCGAAGAACCCUUUUGGAACAUAUUGCCUACACCCCAACACCCAUCACAUGCUGACUAACUGAUCAACUCAGGUUAUGGUUACAGAACUUGGAUGAGGUGAGAGUGGGAUUUCUGAUAUAUUUCUCUCAACUGACAAUGGGAGGGUAAAAUGUACUGUAUGUAUAGCUACAGUACACACCUUUGCUUGCAAAAUACUGUUAUAGUGUAUCAUGCAUGCAUUUUCUUACUGAUAAAGGUAUGUUUGAAUGGAAAUAACCUGAUGUGGUGUGUCGGCAUGGUGUGUGUAUGACAGAGAGAAAGAGACUAUGGCCGUUGUGUGCCUUUUUGAAAGCAUCGAUCCACAGCAGAUUUUACAGACAGAGGUGAGGGUUCUUUUAUAGCCUGACGAAGACCUUUGGGUCCACGUUGUCACAAUUGCACUCAAUAAAACUGCAGGAAUAUUCAACAGUGUGCUGGACAAGUAUCUAUCGUUCUGUCAGGAUUAUUUUAUAUAUUGUAUAUAAAAAAAAGCCUCUGCAUGCUUAAACUCUAUGAUCCAAAACAUCCAUACCACCAAACCUAAACAAACCACAUGGCCAGGGGAGAAACGUCACUCACUCAUACGCUACAACAUCUGUGACCAGUGCAUCUAUCUCUGUCUACAGUAGAUAAUAUACAAUAUACACAGUGAGCCACCUUUACAGAGCUGAACGUGUCCCACCGAUUUGUACCCAUGUAACCCAAGUCUGUGUUGCCAACCCGUAGUCUUGAUGUCUACUGUCCACCUCUCUCCUUCUUUUAUACAAAGUAGAGACCAUCGAGGCUCUUACAGACACAUUCGAGGAGGAGGAGGAGGAGGAAGAGGUGUUGAUGUUGGAGGAGGAGGAGAUGGAAGGGGCAGCAGCCGAUAUCGUGGCAGCUCUUGAGGAGCUGUGGAGUGGGGAUGAGCCUGAGCUGGACAGCCCCCCGGCCGAGCCCUUAGAGCAGGCAGAGGCCAUAGGCGAGGCCCAUACUGUGCCUCCCGUGCAGGCCGAGGCAGCUAGUGCCGCCCCAGAAGGCCCUAACGGGAGGGAGGAGGUGGAGGUGGAGGAGAAGGAGGUGGCAGAGCCUGAGGGGGAGGAGGAGAGCCCUGAGGAAGGUGUGUCUGUCUGUCCUCUCUCUCCUCUCCCAGGCUGCAUGUUAUUGUAUUGCGUGUAGACAAUAAGAUAAUUUAGGCUUUAAGGGAAUACACCACCCCCCCCCCCCCCUCCCCGCUACGCUCUGCUAAAGGCUGCAAGGCAACACAGGUGAACGCUAGGAGCCAUGUUUUAAAACUUUCUUCCUGGUUCCUCUUUUCUUUUUGCUUUUCUUUUCAGUUUUUAGCUGCAGUUUUUGAGACUGGGCUUUUCGUGUCUGUGUGUUAAUGAAAUGUCGCUGACGCUACUUACCGACGUAUUGAUGUCUCAUUGGUGUUAACCCAUCACUUAGUGUCUUUCUGCCAGUGAUGUUUGCCAUUAAAACACCUAAUUUAUAUAGCAUGUAAAUCACCCGUUCUCUAUUGCAUUCAGCUGUGUUUUCUGUUCAGUUUUCCUUAAGCUGUCAUUGUAAUAAUAUCAAUAUCAGUGUUUUUAUUGCCAUUUCACUGGUUUUCAUAUUUUAGAUAUUGUGUCAAUACAGUGUUAUUCUGUCAUUUUUCCUAUUGUUCAAAUAUAUUUAUGUCUUAGUUGAUCUUAAUAACCUUAUACUAUCGACUAAUAAAAGUAUAACUUAUACAACUUAUUCUAGCAAGAUUUGAUGAUAGAUGAUUGUACAUCGUCCUCAAAGGUAAUAGUUGAAUAGUCCAAUUAUUCAAUACACAUUCAUAAAUCAGGGUGUAAAGCAGACAUUUAGCUAAGUGCAAAUCAUUAUGAUUUCUUCAUAAAGCCUGGAAAGAAUGACAGAAAGGCUAUUAUUUUACCCUUUAUUAGAUAUGUAAAGUCGUCAUUCGUCGGAAAACCAUUCCAUACCUCAUUGCUUGAUUCUUCUCAUCCAUCAACGCCAUGGCUGCCUGCACAUUCCAGUUCCGUCAUUCCGGUUCCAUCACGUUCCGUCACGUUCCAUGCCAUUGUUCCGUCCAUCAGUGAGUGGGUUCCGCCUCAUGGGUUCCGCCUCAUGCUCCUGUCCUGCCUCCUCAGUGAUGCGCGAUGCUCUCUGUAUUGUGCUACAGUAAGUGAUAACAGGCUGUGAGUCUGGAGCAGAGCUUUGCCUGUGUCUGUGAUAGUAUGGCUGGCCCUGGUUAAAAUGGCUGACCCAAAAACAAAGUAGCCUACCUUUAAUAGCUGAAUGUUGAAGCAAAACCAAACAAACUACUAAAGAUUUAACUUACAGCCUUGAAGAUGGACACAGACAAACCAGACAGCGAGAGGAGUGGAACCCUCAGCCCAGACUUCACUGAACCAGAGAGUCCAGCUAUCCUCAGUGGGGACCACGCAGCAGCACCCCUGAGCCCCAAAACGGACAUGGCUUCCCCUUCCCCUUCUCUGUCCCCUUUCCCUUCAAACAGCCAGAGCCAAGCCAAAGAGCCUAGCAAAAUGUCUAUACCGGAUGAACCUAAAACAGUCGCAGAGAAGCAGCCGUCAGUGGAAGUUCUUGAGUCCAGUAGCCUCACCACGGAUUCAGGGUCUGGAUUCACUACAGCUGAAGACAGAGGUCAAGGACAAGGUGUCCCAUCUGACUCUAACAAAGACAAAUCGGGCAUGUCAGCUUAUUUUGAGACUUCGGCCCUGAAGCCAGAUGAGGGAUCCAAGGGGGUUCAAGCAGAAGAUUAUUAUGAACUGAGCACCGCAGGAGAAGAGAAGAAGGUCUUAGGGAGCAGUUCCCCAACAGUUCCGUCACCCCUUGAGAUCAACUACAGCAUGCUGGCACAAACACAGUCAGUGGAGGAGAAAUCAGACACCAAGAAGAGUCCGAUGGGAGAUCAAAAGGAGACCUUACCGGCCCUGGACAGAAGUAACGAAUGUAGGCUGUCUCCUGGGAAGUUGGCCCUGGAUCAGAGAAGCUACUCUCUCAACAUUACGAUUGGAUCGAUGGAUCCCAGUGUUCAGGGUCGACCUAGACAUUUCUCCCCACUGGCCACGGACAUCAUGUCUUUUACCAGCGGCAGUCUGGAGGAGUCUGCCAACUAUCUCCCAGUCACUACCCCAUCUGUGGAGAAGGAGCCACCACCUUUCCCUCCCCUGAUCCUGGAGACGGCCGCCUCAGUAACGUCCGACUCCACGUCUCCUCCCCACAACUCAGCAGCAGAGACCCCCGGUGAAAAUACCAGUCCCCAGGGGUCAGAGUCCCCAGAAUCUCCCUUCCCACCCAAAUACUACUACAAAAAUGGGACAGUCAUGGCUCCUGACCUACCUGAGAUGCUGGACCUUGCGGGCAGCAGGUCUAGACUGGCUUCUGAGAACACUGACCCUGAGAUCAUGAGGAGGAAGUCUGUCCCUGCGGACACCCAAAGCCUUGGCAGUGACUCCCUGGCCAACCUGGUUCUGGGGGACCAGAGUCAGAACCAGAGUCUUGCCAAGAGCGAGAGCCAGCUGGAGGAGUUGGGUUACUGUGUGUUCAGUGAGUACUCAGGGCCCAUGCCUUCCCCUGCUGACGUCCACAGUCCCAUUGACUCCCCGCCCCAGCGCUUCACCCCAAUGGCUCUGGAGGAAAAGAUGGCGGAGGAGAAACUGAAAAUCGACGCCAGAGACAAACUAGCCAAAGACGAGAAGACAAGUCAGUUAGCUGAAUGCGCCGGUUCCAAAGAAAAGGGAGAAACCAAACAAGUGGGACGGAAAGAUACCGCUUCAGAGGAAAAAGACAACAAAGAGAUCAGCCAUGACAAAUUUGCCAUGGAAAACCAAAAAGACAAACCAGCUUCAACUCUGAAGUUAGCCGAGUCCUUUGUAACUCCUACAGUGACGGUUACCCUGGAAGAGGAGGGGAAGCUAGGGGACAACGGACCCGAGACGGAUGCUGAGAUGGCUGCCUAUGAGAGGCAGAUCCGUCGUCUGGAGAUGGAGGACAGGCCCCUGAGCAUGGAGGAGGAGCGGGAGCUGCAGGAGCUCAGGGAGAAGGUGAAGGACAAGUUCCUGGUGCACCAGGAGGCGUACGAGGAGGUGGAUGCUGAAGACGUCUACCAACUGACUGGGGUUGCCAAGGGCAGGAUCGGCAGGCCCGUCGGGCCCUCCCCGGCCUCUUCCGUAGAGAGCACCACAGAAGAAGACAAGGUUCCAGUUACGGAGACAGAAAAACCUAAACAGACGGGAGUUCAGACACCGCCAAUGAAGGUUGACCUCAUGGUGACGUCUCCAUCUGUGUCAGGUGGUGGUGUGAGCACCACAGAAGAAGAAGACAAGGUUCCAGUUAUGGAAAUAGAGAAACCUAAACAGACGGGAGGUCAGACAACUGCAACGAAGGUUGACGUCAUGGCUAUGUCUCCAUCUGUGUCGGGUGGUGGUGUGAGCACCACAGAUGAAGAGGACAAGGUUCCAGUUACGGACAUAGAGAAACCUAAACCGAUGGGAGGUCAGACAACGCCAACGAAGGUUGACAUCAUAGCGACGUCUCCAUCUGUGUCAGAUGGUGGUGUGAGCACCACAGAAGAAGACAAGGUUCCAGUUACGGAGACAGAAAAACCUAAACAGACGGGAGGUCAGACAACGCCAACGAAGGUUGACGUCAUGGCUAUGUCUCCAUCUGUGUCAGGUGGUGGUGUGAGCACCACAGAUGAAGAAGACAAGGUUCCAGUUACGGACAUAGAGAAACCUAAACCGAUGGGAGGUCAGACAACGCCAACGAAGGUUGACAUCAUAGCGACGUCUCCGUCUGUGUCAGGUGAUGGUGUGAGCACCACAGAAGAAGACAAGGUACCAGUUAUGGAAAUAGAGAAACCUAAACAGACGAGAGGUCAGACAACGCCGACGAAGGUUGACGUCAUGGUGACAUCUCCAUCUGUGUCAGGUGAUGGUGUGAGCACCACAGAAGAAGACACGGUUCCAGUUACGGAGACAGAGAAACCUAAACAGAUGGGAGGUCAGACAACGGCAACAAAAAUGUACGUCAUGGCGACGUCUCCAUCUGUGUCAGGUGGUGGUGUGAGCACCACAGAAGAAGAGAAUGAGAAAGUUAGUGAAGAGAAGCUGAAGAAGGAGCAGGUUGUAGAGGUCAAAGAGAAGCUGAAGAAGGAGCAGAUUGUAGAGGUCAAAGAGAAGCUGAAGAAGGAGCAGAUUGUAGAGGUCAAAGAGAAGACCAUGGAAGAAAAUAAAAAGGUAGAAGGGGAGGAGGAGGAGGAUACAGAGCAGGCAGUGGAACCAGAGGAAAUCAUGAUUAAGAUAAAACCAUCAAAGCCUGUAGAGAAAGAAGAGAAGGUUGAGAAGGAUAUAAUGACUAACAAGGAGGAAGAGGAGGAGGAAGAUAGUGAAGUUCUGGCAGGGGCAGGAGCAGCGGUGAAUGAUGUUCCAGAACCCAGAGCUGCCAUAGAGUCAGUUGUGACUGUAGAAGAUGACUUGAUCACUGUAGUCCAGACCAUCGACGAGGGCGAGGAGCCAGGACACAGCGUGCGUUUUUCCGCUCCGCCUGAGCCUGAGACACCACAGGCUCUCCACGAGGAGGAGGAGGAGGAGUCCCAGGAGGUGGAGAUCAUGGAGGCAGCUAGUCUGGAGGAGGUGGGGGAUGUCUCAGAGGAGGUCCGUGAGAAGGAGGUGCAGGCCUCCCCAGAGAAGGAGGUGCAGUUGGAGACUGAGGGACAGACAGAGAGCUACGACAGAGACGAGACCACCAUGGACGACUCCAUCCUAGACAGCUCUUGGGUCGACACUCAAGGUGAGAUUUCUCUCUGUUAUAAUCCCAUAAUACAUGUUUCAAUGACAGAUAAAUUACAUGUUUUAAUGACCACAAAAAAUAAUAUAAUCAAUGGUUAGAAAAUGCAAUAGUAUUGUCAAUAUGUGACCCACCACCUAGAUUCGGUCCUAUGUAGCAAAAUUUGUAAUGGUGUUUUUUACAUUGGAUAAAAGUAGAGACUCCGAGCUAUAAAAUGAUAUAUCAUACACUGCAGUUGAGGAACAAUGAGAAAGUAAUUCUGCUUUGAAAGUUGAUAAACUUGUAACCCCACUUUUGAGAAAAUGUCCCGUGAAUGUUUUGGUACACCUACUGGAGAGCUCUUCUUUGUCUACACCAAUUUAGCAUCAUUCACAGCCUCUUAAGCCUUAGCCCCACCCCAUCUCUUUAAGGAUUCACAGUGUAGUAAACAACCACAGAUUUCAAGACUAAAAGUGGUGAAAGUAGUCAUAAAAAUAAACUUUCUCUAGUCCUUGGCCUAUAUCCUAAUCUGAUAUCCUAGUCAUGUUGUUCUUCACAUUACCGUCUCUGGUAAACACACACUAUAUAAAAACAUACUUAAUUUUGGCCUCCCGAGUGGCACAGCGGUCUAAGGCACUGAAUCGCAGUGCUAGAGGCGUCACUACAGACCUUGGUUCGAUCCCAGGCUGUAUCACAACUGGCAGUGAUUGGGAGUCCCGUAGGGUGGUGCACAAUUGGCCCAGCAUCGUCCGGGUUAGGGUAGGGUUUGGCCGGUGGGGCUUUACUUGGCUUAUCGCACUCUAGCGACUCCUUGUGGCGGGCCGGGCGGCUGCAGGCUGACUUCGGUUGUCAGUUGAACGGUGUUUCCUCCGACACAUUGGUGCGGCUGGCUUCCGGGUUAAGCGGGUGGAUGUUAAGAAGCGCAGUUUGGUGGGUCAUGUUUCGGAGGACGCGUGACUCGACCUUCGCCUCCCGAACCCGUUGGGGAGUUGCAGCGAUGAGACAAGAUCGAAAUUGGGGAGAAUAAAGAAAAGGGGUAAAAAUAAAAUAUACAGUACCAGUCAAACGUUUGGACACACCUACUCAUUCAAGGGUUUUUCUUUAUUUGUACAAUUUUUUAUAUUGUAGAAUCAUAGUGAAGACAUCAAAACUAUGAAAUACCACAUAUGGAAUUAUGUAACCAUAAAAGUGUUAAACAAAUCAAAAUAUAUUGUAUAGUUGAGAUUCUUCAAAUAGCCACCCUUUGCCUUGAUGACAGCUUUGCACACUCUUGGCAUUUUCUCAACCAGCUUCACCUGGAAUGCUUUUCCAACAGUCUUGAAGGAGUUCCCACGUAUGCUGAGCACUUGUUUGCUGCUUUUCCUUCACUUUGCCGUCCGACUCAGCUAACAGUACGCUUUAACUUUAAAUGAAAACUACUCUCCGAAAAAUGUGAAACAUAUAAUAUUUGAAAAUGUAGCUAGACUCUUACCCGUAUAAUGGAUGAAUGCUUCCCCCUCUCUGUCAUGGAUGCCAUGGUUGCCCUUAGUUUGAAGAUGGAAUCCGGAGACAGGUGUUUUUAUUCAACAGCCUACUUUAUGUGUUCUGUUUUUGCACUCUCUCCGCAUUUGGCAAUAAUCUCUCUGCUUCCAAAGGGCAUUCCACUGAUUUCAAAACUGUAAUUUAACAAUUUUAUUUGUAUUUACAGAUGGUAUACACAUUUCUUAUUAAGGCACAUGAAAGUUCACAUGUUCCAGAAGGCAUUUCUGCAAAAAAACGAAUUCUAAAAAAUUAAAUAUACCUUAAAAUGCCUCUUCUGUGAAGUAGUGACAUGGGACAAAUGCCUAGUUUCUUGAAACAGGUCAAAUAUAUGGAUCUGAUACCUGAUCAUGUUCAUGUUUAUUACAAUCUUUUCACAAUGGAGACUUCACGUUUCAUCAUGAUAACAAAAUUACACGUUAACACUGUUUUACCCAGUUUAUGAGUUUUAUGCCCAUAUAUUGUGUUGUGUUCAUGGUACUACUGCAUGAUGAUGACCUUACCAUGUCUGUUUUGUACCUAGAUCUCUCCACUGUAGAUGUGGAUGAUGACAUAAGCAUGGCUACCGAGCAGAUCGAGCCCAUGAGAGCCGACCGGGUCCCAGCCCCACCAGUCAAGAAGGACAAGACUCCCCAGAAGCAGAAGCAGGAAAAGCAGCCAGUGAAGCCCAAGGCUAAAGGGGGGCGGGUGAAGGGGCGUGAGGGGCGCAUCUCCACCCCCGAACAUAAACCCGUCCGCAAGGAGACGGUCUAUAUCCCCAGGGUGGACAUCAAUAAGAAAAAAGGUUCAGAACUACAGUAUCUCUCCAAAUCAGUUUGUUACUCUAUUUAUUUAAUUUUUGUAAAUUAUUUGUAGUUUCACAUUAUUAUUUAAUUCUCUUUGAUUUUAAGUGGUGUAGAUCUCAGUUCAGUUUGUAACUCUAGAGGGCCAUUUUCCCAGAUACUUCAGUGGAGAAUCUCCAUUUGAAAGAGCUUUUUAGUCUAGGACUAGGCUGGAUAUGUGUCUGGGAAACCAGUAAUUAUUAACAUUUCUAUAUAGUUCUUUGUAGUUAUAUAUUAUUAAUUGACAGAUGUUGUUAUUCUCUUUCAUUCGAAUUGGCAAAGAUGCUCAUCUUUAAAAGCCUUUAAGAUCUCAGCUGAAUGUUAAAUGGCAAUCAGAGAGCCUCUCUUGGUGGGUGUCUCUGUCCCUCCAAACCUUUGUGCCACUGUCCUUUCCUUCCUUUUCUCUGUUUGACUAUCUCACCCUCUUCCUUCUGAUGCUACUUGUAUGUCCUUCCCUUUCUCCCUUUAAUUAUGUCCCUCCCUCUUCCUUCUCCUAGCCGUGAUCAAGAAGACUGAGCUGACUAAGAAAGCAGAGACGCGCUCCUCUCCAUCCCGGAAGAGUGUGUUAAAACCUACUGCGGUCCGACACCCACGUCCUGCCCAGCCCCAACUCCACCCCCACCCCUGUGCUAGGAGGAAACCUACAGGUGACCAACCACUCCUGGGUUUCGUCCCAAAUGGCACCCUAUUUUCUAUAGGGCCUGUAGGGUACGGUGAAAAGUAGCGCACUAAAUAGGAAAUAGGGUGCCAUUUGGAAUGCAGACCUGCUGGCUGGGGCCGGGGAGGCUAGGCAUCUGCAAUGUGGCUGCAAAUAUCACAUCUCAUCAAUCAAUCAAAUGUAUUUAUAAAGCCCUUUUUACAUCAGCAGUUUCACAAAGUACUGUACAUUAACCUCAUCCUUACAGUUGUUUGAAGCUGCUAUUUUUGUUAAAUUUUGAUACAUUAUUUUGUUAAUCUAUACAUUUUUAUUCUGUCUCAUUUGUUUGUUAAUUUGUUAUGUUCAGUGUUCGCAUUUUAUUAGAAUAAAAAACGAAUUUGUUAUACAUUUUUCAUUUGACUUCAUUUUUCAAAUGUGCUUGUUGUGAACAGUCAGUCGCUCAACUUUUUGGAUUUAUUUUAUUAUUUGCUAUUUACUUUGAAUUGCAUCUUUCUCCUCCUCAGCUCCCAUGUUCAUUCUGGGUUUCUCUUUUCUGGGAGAUGGUUUGUUUGGUCAUUUAAUGUUACUGCUUCAGAGUUAUGUGUACCUGCAAUACUUUUUAUUUUCUCUCUUUCUCUCUGUAUUUAACACAGACUCUCCAUCUCUCACCCUCUCACUUAACUUUAUCUGUCUCUCUUUAACCUGUGUAAUGAUUGCAACUUGUUUGCUGUGAAAGAACUACAGUGAAAGAAGUGUGUUUUCCCAGCAUUUCCCCAGAGCAGGAUAGUAUUAGUCCCGAAUGGCACCAUAUUCCCUGUGUAGUGCACUACUUUUGACCAGAGCCCCUAGGGAACAGGGUGCCAUUUAGGAUGUAACCACAGCCUCUUAAGCUUUUACCUAAAAACUGUAGUGGUUGCCAAGCAACUGGUAGUUUGGCUCCUCUCUCCCUGUAGAGACGGAUAUUGGUGUACCUCAUCUGACAGAGAGAUUUUCCACAAUAGAGAUAUACACUGAGUGUACAAAACAUUAGGAACACUUGAGUUGCACCCCCUUUUGCCCUCAGAACAGCCUUGAUUCGUCGGGGUAUGGACUCUACAAGGUGCCGGGAAAGCUUUCCACAGGGAUGCUGGCCCAUGUUGACUCCAAUGCUUCCCACAGUUGUGUCAAGUUGGCUGGAUGUCCUUUGGGUGGUGGACCAUUCUUGAUACACACGGGAAACUGUUGAGCUUGAAAAACCCAGCCACGUUGCAGUUCUUGACACACUCAAACCGGUGUGCCUGGCACCUACUACCAUACCCCGUUCAAAGGCACUUCAAUCUUUUGUCUUGCCCAUUCACCCUCUGAAUGGCAAACACACAAUCCAUGUCUCAAUUGUCUCAAGGCUUAACAAUCCUUCUUUAACCUGUCUCCUCCACUUCAUCUACACUGAUUGAAGUGGAUUUAACAGGUGACAUCAAUAAGCGAUCAUAGCUUUCACCUGGAUUCACCUGGUCAGUCUAUGUCAUGGAAAGAGCAUGUUUUGUACACUCAGUGUAUAAUACGUAUAAUAAUACUUGUGCUCUAUAUUUAUUUAAUUCUGUGGUUUUCUCUGCCACGUCCUCCACAUAACUCUCUUAGACAGAUAGACGAUUCUAGAAUCUCUUUAAAUUGCUGCAUUGCCCUAAUUAAAUUGUUCAGGGGUGAGAUAGAGGGUGGGAUGGGGGCGGUGCACUUAUGUAGUCCAAAAUCCGCUAUUCUGUAUGAUUUCCUUCCAAAGCAUUGGAGAAUAGAGCUUUUCUCUAGCAGCUUGAAUAGGGUCUCAGCUAAUUCCCUCAUUGUAUACAGUAAUACAGUAUAAUUAUACAGUACUGUACCCCAUUUAUGGCUAAAUUAACUCUCACAAAGUUUGCUUUAAUAAUAAUUGCUUUAGUUGUUUACAGAAGAGGGGUAACUGUUUGUCCAAUACUUGUCCAAUACUUUUUCAGUUAGAUUGUGUUUGUACAGGCUGUAGAGUGGGUGGCGUGCUUCAGCCACAGCUGUUGUGUGUGUGUGUGGGAGAGUUUUGUUGUGUUGCUGUCAAUCUGUUGUAAUGUUUAAAGGAUAAGUUCUUUUUUUUUUACAACCAAAUCUCAUUUUUUUAUAUAAAUAGAAUGUUAUAGAAGGGUCCAGACCUCUUUUUUGGUGAUUUAACUUGUUUUUGAGAAAUGUACCCUAAACAGCAAAUCAAUUCCUCAUCCUUUUUGGGGGCCCCCAAAAAACAUGAAAAAAGGCUCAAAAAACACCCAAAUAUGUUAUUUUAGAAAAGGCAAAGCUCUCAGUAUAGUGAUGCAGGUCUUUAGAUGUUGUACACAUGAAAUUGUGUCAUUUCAAACUUUAUCUGCAAUGUUUUAUUUUUAAGGGGGUAGAUCACCUUUAAUAUUGUAGAUAGAUUUUGGCGUCUGUCAAUGUAAUUGUCUGCAUAAUUUCCAAUCCCCAGAUAUUUUAAAAUAUAUAUUUUCCUUCUUUAUUAUUUCCCCCUAACCCUAAUUGGAGUAAACUAGCGGACAACAAUACUUAAACUUCUAAUUCCAGUUUAAACAUACUAUAUACAUUUUACGAACACAGUAUAUUUGACAUUAGUUAUCUUUCAGCUCCCCUCAACCCCUCCCAUCUAUCUCUGAAUACCAUCCAGUUUCUAUUAGCCAUAUAUUUUUCAACUGUGCUGUGAUGUUUCACAAAAGUCCUGAACCUUUCUAUUCUCAUAGUUUCUACAGAUUGUAAAUUAAAGAUUAAAUGUUUUGCUAAGAGUAUUAAAAAAUACUCUAGACCACCUUUACUCCACACACAGAGACGCGUACAAAGCUCUCCCUCGACCUCCAUUUGGCAAAUCUGACCAUAACGCUAUCCUCCUGAUUCCUGCUUACAAGCAAAAACUAAAGCAGGAAGCACCAGUGACUCGGUCAAUAAAGAAGUGGUCAGAUGAUGCAGAUGCUAAGCUACAGGACUGUUUUGCUAGCACAGACUGCAAUAUGUUCUGGGAUUCUUCCGAUGGCAUUGAGGAGUACACCACAUCAGUCAAUGGCUUCAUCAAUAAGUGCAUCGAUGAUGUCAUCCCCACAGUGACCAUACGUACAUACCCCAACCAGAAGCCAUGGAUUACAGGCAACAUCCGCACUGAGCUAAAGGGUAGCGCUGCCGCUUUCAAGGAGCGGGACUCUAACCCGGACGCUUAUAAGAAAUCCCACUAUGCCCUCCGACGAACCAUCAAACAGGCAAAGCGUCAAUACAGGACUAAGAUUGAAUUGUACUACACCGGCUCCAACGCUCGCCGGAUGUGGCAAGGCUUGCAAACUAUUACAGACAACAAAGGGAAGCACAGCCACGAGCUGCCCAGUUACACAAGCCUACCAGACGAGCUAAAUUACUUAUAUGCUCGCUUCGAGGCAAGCAACACUGAAGCAUGCAUGAGAGCAUCAGCUGUUCCAGACGACUGUGUGAUCACGCUCUCCAUAGCCGAUGUGAAUAAGACCUUUAAACAGGUCAACAUUCACAAGGCUGCAGGGCCAGACAGAUUACCAGGACGUGUACUCUGAGCAUGCGCUGACCAACUGGCAAGUGUCUUCACUGACAUUUUCAACCUGUCCCUGACUGAGUCCGUAAUACCAACAUGUUUCAAGCAGACUACCAUAGUCCCUGUGCGAAAGAACACUAAGGGUAACCUGCCUAAAUGACUACGACCCGUAGCACUCACGUCAGUAGCCAUGAAGUGCUUUGAAAGGCUGGUCAUGGCUCACAUCAACACCAUUAUCCCAGAAACAGUAGACCCACUCCAAUUUGCAUACCGCCCCAACAGAUCCACAGAUGAUGCAAUCUCUAUUGCACUCCACACUGCCCUUUACCACCUGGACAAAUUGAACACCUAUGUGAGAAUGCUAUUCACUGACUACAGCUCAGCGUUCAACACCAUAGUGCCCUCAAAGCUCAUCACUAAACUAAGGACCCUGGGACUAAAUACCUCCCUUUGCAACUGGGUCCUGGACUUCCUGAUGGGCCACCCCCAGGUGGUAAGGGAGGGUAACAACACAUCUGCCACGCUGAUCCUCAACACGGGGGCCCCUCAGGGGUGCCUCCUCAGUCCCCUCCUGUACUCCCUGUUCACCCAUGACUGCAUGGCCAGGCACGACUCCAACACCAUCAUUAAGUUUGCAGACGACACAACAGUGGUAGGCCUGAUCACCGACAACGAUGAGACAGCCUAUAGGGAGGAGGUCAGAGACCUAGCUGUGUGGUGCCAGGAUAACAACCUCUCCAUCAACGUGAUCAAGACAAAGGAGAUGAUUGUGGACUACAGGAAAACGAGGACAAAGCACGCCCCCAUUCUCAUCGACGGGGCUGUAGUGGAACAGGUUGAGAGCUUCAAGUUCCUUGGUGUCCACAUUACCAACGAACUAUCAUGGUCCAAACACACCAAGACAGUCGUGAAGAGGGCACGACAAAGCCUAUUCCCCCUCAGAAGACUGAAAAGAUUUGGCAUGGGUCCUCAGAUCCUCAAAAAGUUAUACAGCUGCACCAUCGAGAGCAUCCUGACUGGUAGCAUCACUGCCUGGUAUGGCAACUGCUCGGCCUCCGACCGCAAGGCACUACAGAGGGUGGUGCGUACGGCCCAGUACAUCACUGGGGCAAAGCUUCCUGCCAUCCAGGACCUCUACACCAGGUGGUGUCAGAGGAAGGCCCUAAAAAUAGUCAAAGACUCCAGCCACUGUUCUCUCUGCUACCGCAUGGCAAGCGGUACUGGAGCGCCAAGUCUAGGUCCAAAAGGCUUCUUAACAGCUUCUACCCCCAAGCCAUAAGGCUCCUGAACAGCUAAUCAAAUGGCUACCCGGUCUAUUUGCAUUGGCCAAACUGAGAAAUCGGUGGAGAAGGGCCUUGGUCAGGGAGGUGACCAAGAACCCGAUGGUCACUCUGACAGAGCUCUAGAGUUACUCUGGGGAGAUGGGUGAGCCUUCCAGAAGGACAACCAUCUAUGCAGCACUCUACCAAUCAGGCCUUGAUUGUAGAGUGGUCAGACGGAAGCCACUCCUCAGUAAAAGGCACAUGACAGCCCGCUUGAAGUUUGACAAAAGGCACCUAAAGACUCUCAGACCAUGAGAAACAAGGUUAUCUUGUCUGAUGAAACCAAGAUUGAACUCUUUGGCCUGAAUGCCAAGUGUCAAGUCUGGAGGAAACCUGGAACUACGUUGAAGCAUGGUGGUGGCAGCAUCAUGCUGUGGGGAUGUUUUUCAGCAUUAGGUACUGGGAGACUAGUCAGGAUCGAGGCAAAAAUGAACCAAGCAAAGUACAGAAAGAUCCUUGAAGAAAACCUGCUUCAGAGCGCUCAGGACCUCAGACUUGGGCGAAGGUUCACCUUCCAACAGGACAACGGCCCUAAGCACACAGCCAAGACAACACAGCAGUGGCUUCGGGACAAGUCUCUGAAUGUCCUUGAGUGGCCCAGCCAGAGUAUGGACUUGAACCCGAUCGAACAUCUCUGGAGAGACCUGAAAAAACUUGUGCAGCAAUGCUCCCCAUCCAACAUGACAGAGCUUGAGAGGAUCUGCUGAGAAGAAUGGGAGAAACUCCCCAAAUACAGCUUGUAGCGUCAUACCCAAGAAGACUCAAUGCUGUAAUCGCUGCCAAAGGCGCUUCAACAAAGUACUGAGUAAAGUUUCUGAAUACUUGUAAAUGUUACAUUUCCAUAAAAAUAAAAAAUAAAAAUAGCAAAAAUGUAUCAACCUGUUUUUACUUUGUCAUUAUGGGCUAUUGUGUGCAGAUUGAUAAUGGAAAAAAACCAUUUAAUCAAUUUUAGAAUAAGGCUGUAACGUAACAAAAUGUGGAAAAAGUAAAGGGGUCUGAAUACUUUCCGAAGGCACUGUAUAUAACAUUCUAUUGGUUGCAAGAAUUCUAUAUAAUAAUUUAAAUAGAAAAACUCUAAAUUUGGAAUCCAGCGUCAUUUUGUGUAUCAGUUCAUAAACCACCUACCAUGGAAUGGGUACAUUGAAAAUCUCUUCCCAACUAUUUUGCAACCUGUAUGGCACAGCUCUCAAUUUUUUGGUCCUUAAAUGAAAUUGGUAUACUUUUUUAUUUAUCACAAUUUUCUUUAACCAAUUUUGGUCAUCGGACAAGUUCCUUACCUUCUCCCCCUUCCACUUGCCUCUUCCAUUUUUUGCGGUAAUGCUGCAAUUAAUUGGUUAUAAUUUUGAAUAGAGCAGACAUUUCCUUAUAGUUUUGUUAGCUGCAUGUGUGACAUAACUCCACCAGUCCUAUUUAUGAUAUAUUUUAUAAAGAUUAUACCACUUUUUUUAACAUUUUUUUCAAAAAAGAACAUUUCAAAAAAAUCAAUUAGUAUAUUUGAGUUUAACCAUAAUAUUUGUUUUAUUAUUUGUUCUGUCUUUUCUGGUGGAUUAAACUAAAUUUUCCGCAAUGUUUUAUUCUGUUUUGAGCGACUUGAGAUGUUUCCCCUAUCCAUCUGUUCAAUUCUCUGUGUAGCCUGCUGCUACAGGUAACUGCCAAAAUAAAGGAAACACCAACAUAAAGUGUCUUAAUAGCGCAUUGGGCCACCACGAGUCGCCAGAACAGCUUCAAUGCUUCUUGGCAUAGAUUCUACAAGUGUCUGGAACUUCCUGUGUGGAAGCACCCCAUGCUUUCAUUAUACAGGGAUGUAGCUCAGUUGAUAGAGCAUGGCGUUUGCAACGCCAGGGUUGUGGGUUCGAUUCCCACGGGGGGCCAGUAUAAAAAAAAUAUGUAUUCACUAACUGUAAGUCGCUCUGGAUAAGAGCGUCUGCUAAAUGACUCAAAUGUAAAUGUAAAUGUACUUUGUAUCCCUUAUUUACUCAAGUGUUUCCUUUAUUUUGGCAGUUACCUGUAGAAUGCACGCUCGAGUUGCAACAAAAUGGAAUAUAACAUUGCAGAUAAAGUUCGGAAUGACACAAUUUCGUGUGUACAACAUCUAAUGACCUGCAUCACUAUACUGAGAGCUUUGCGGUUUCUAAAUUAACAUAUUUGGGUGUUUUUGGAGCCUUUGUCAUGUUUUUUUGGGGGCAUCCAUACUACACAACGAGGAUGAGGAAUUUAUUUGUUGUUUGGGGUAAGUUUCUCAAAAACGUGAAAUAACACAAAAGGUGUCUGGACCUUUCUAUAGCAUUGAAUUUACGUUAAAAAAAUAGACAUUUGGUUGCAAAAAGAAAACGUAACUUUUAUGUCACGUCUAACUGUAGAACGUCUCUGUAUUUCUCUUUCUCUCUCACUCUGCUCUCUCCUUCUCUCUUUCUCUCUCUCCUCCUCUCCUCCUCUGUCCUCUCUCUCUCUCUCUCCUACUUCUCGCUCCUCCUCUCUCAUCUUCUCUCAACUCCUCUCUUCAGUGGGUGUACCAGAAGGUCGUCGGCCCCUCAGUGUUGCUAGACAGUCUCGGGACAGAGCUUCAGUAAGUACAGCACACUGCAUCACAAUAAGGUAAUGUACCAUUUACAUGUAGUAGGCUAUCUCCCUGUUUCACUCAAACUUCAAAAUGACACAAUACAUUAUUUACCAUUAAUAUUUAUUGGGCACAACAUAAUCCGAAACACAACCAAAACAAACUGCAAAUGCAUCCAAGUUUGUAGAGUCACAAGCUUGAUGUAGUCAUUCCGUGCUAGGAAUAUGGGACCAAAUACUAAACUUUUGACUAAAUGUCAUACACUAUCAGUGAAUUUGUCCAAAUACUUACGAAACCUUCAAAUGGGAGCACUAGAUACAUAAUGUGCAUUAAUUUCUAAACGGUAAAAUCGAGAUGUAUGAAAAUGCCCUAAAAUAAAAGUUGACAUUCUGUACUGUCACCUCAUUGAAAACAUUUGAUCUGAAAUCCAAAAUGCUGGAGUAUAAACCCAAAUUAAAAGGUUUAGCUUCACUGUCCAAAUAAAUACGUACCGGAGUGUAUGUGUGAAUCUGGUUGGUUUUCAACAACAUGUCAUCUUUUGGUUCCACUGUCAUUGUUUUUUGUCCUCUGAUGUUUUCUGUGGUUUGCAGCCUAUGUUUCUCACCCAUCUCUCACACAUAUAUUCCCACUCGCUCACCCAUCUCUCCCCCAUCUGUCUGUCUGUCACUCAGUCACGACCACUAACAAAGAUCCCCACCUGUAAAACGCGAGUGGCCGCCCUCCUGCCCCCCCGCCCUAACUCGUCCUGCUCCUCCCACACUAAAAAGAACUCGCUGGGGGAGGUGGAGCUUGAUAGGCCCCGCCCCUCCUCGGCUGGGCCUCGUGACUCCACCACACUACACAGACUAAUAUAUGCGGUAAGGUUAGCAUAUGGCCCUGAACUGAUCAACUGAUCUCACAUCUGUAAAUUAAUACAAUAAUAUAUAACAAUAAACAACAUACAGUGCCUUCAAAAAGUAUUCAUACCCCUUGACUUAUUCCACAUUUUGUUGUGUUACAGCCUGAAUUCAAAAUGGAUUAAAUAGAUGAUUUUGUCUCACCCAUCGACACACAAUACUGCACAAUGACAAAGUAAAAACAUGUUUUUAGAAAUUUUUGCAAAUGUAUUGAAAAUGAAAUACAUAAAUAUCUAAUUUACAUAAGCAUUCACACCCGUUUGCUAUGACACUCCAAAUUGAGCUCGGGUGCAUCAAAUGUCCUUUGAUCAUUUUUUUUUUUUUUUUUUUUUUUUUUUGUCAUUUAGCAGACGCUCUUAUCCAGAGCGACUUACAGGAGCAAUUAGGGUUAAGUGCCUUGCUCAAGGGCACAUCGACAGACUUUUCACCUAGUUGGCUCGGGGAUUAGAACCAGCGACCUUUCGGUUACUGGCACAACGCUCUUAACCACUAAGCGACAUCCUUGAGAUGUCGCUACAACUUGAUUGGAGUCCACCUGUGGCUAAUUUAAAUGUUUGGACAUGAUUUAGAAAGAAACACACCUGUCUAUAUAAGGUCCCAAAGUUGACAGUGCAUGUCAGAGCAGAAACUAUACCAUGAAGUCCAAGAAAUCGCGAUCGACUGGUCGAUCUCCAAGGCAUUCCUAGUCGAUGACCAAACAUUUCUGUGAAAACGAUAAAGCCUUGUGUUCCUAUUUUUUUUAUUCGUUUCGCGUUGUUGGCGGUAGGUGCACUUGAUUCAGCAGCCCUGGUGCCAGGAAGGCAAAGUGUUCCCAUUUUGAACCAUUUUAUGUGUCUGAUGGUAGAACUCCACCUACCCGGCAGACCCAGAGAGCAAAUCAAGUGCACCUAUAGGCCUACAUCUGGCCAAUCAGAUAGUUCAGAUCACGGUGUCUGCACAGUUUCCUCGAGCCAUAGACUGUGAAAAGAAGCCUCGAACGCACAGCAAGUUGAUACUGUGAGAUUACAAAACUUUUGAAAUCAUGACGAGAGAGACUCAAUGAAUAUUUACAUUUACAUUUUAGUCAUUUAGCAGACGCUCUUAUUCAGAGCGACUUACAGUUAGUGAGUGCAUACAUUUUCAUACUGGCCCCCCGUGGGAAUCAAACCCACAACCCUGGUGUUGCAAGCGCCAUGCUCUACCAACUGAGCUACACGGGACUACAUACAGCAAAGAGCUGCUGUUUUUAUGAGUAAGUUCAUGUUUAAAUUGUUAUUCAGUGUCAACACUUUUAUAAGCCAUAAAAUAUGCGUUAUCCCUAUUUCCACUCACGCUACAACUAGCUGCAAUGAAUGAACAUAGCAAAGUGUUCCGAUAAGCUUGCGUUAUUAUUAUUAGCAGCUUGUGUCUUUUUUUAAUAUUGAGGAAUAUUUCACUUUCUCUGGUCAUAAGAGUAACAAAAUGAAUUGGUGCAUGAGGCAGAAAUAAUGCAGUGCAACUUGCGUUUCGCCAUCAGCUGGAAGACUGUCCCCUUUUCUCAACGGAGGGACGGUAAGUCAGCCUCACCGCUGCUCCCUCCCUCCCCUCAGACUGACCAUCAGAUGCAGGCCAUCAGUCCAGUAAAAAAAUUGCAAAUUAUUAAGCUCACUCAGCUGUGCCUCACAAGUAAUACAACAAAUGAUCUAUUGCCAGUGUGAUCAUAUACCUUCAAUUUUAAAUAAUUUCAAAAAAGUCUGAGAAGAACAACAUUGGCAGGGUAAUUCAAGCAUAGCCAAUAUGCAGUGAUAAUGUAUUGGGCCUAUAGCCUACUGCACAAACCUCAUUGCGACAGAACAGUUUUUGGUUAAUGUUGCAUAGGCUUACGUUUUUUAAGUGAUGUUUAAAAAAAAUCUGAGCGGUAGAUCUUGGCUUGCAUUUUGACUCAAAGUGAUUUUGACUCAGAAAAGGUUGGUGACCACUGUUAUACAGUGUUCAAAGUUUCCAAGAGCACAGUGCUCUCCAUCAUUGUGUAAUUGAAAACAUAUGGAACUACCCAGACUCGAGCUGGCCGUCUGACCAAACUGAGCAACCGGGCAAGAAGGACCUUGGUCAGGGAGGUGACCAAGAACCCAAUGACCACUCUGACAGAACUACCGAGUUCCUUGGCUGAGAUGGUAGAACCUGCCAGAAGCACAACAGUCUCUACAGCACUUUAUGGGAGAGUGGCCAGACGGAAGCCACUCCUGAGAAAAAGGCAUGCCUGGAGUUUGCAAAAAGGCACGUGAAAGACUCUGAGAGUAUAAGGCAAAAUAUUAUGUGGUCUGAUGAGACUGGAAUGGAACUCUUUGGCCUGAAUGCAAAGUGCUAUGUCUGGGGAAAACCAGGCAUAGCUCAUCAUCGUCUAACACCAUCCCUAUGGGCGAAGAUUUACGUUCCAACAGGACAAUGACCCCAAACAUACAGCCAAAGUAAUGCUGGAAUGGCUUCAGAACAAAAAUGUGAAAAUCCUUGAGUGGCCCCGCCAAAGCCCAGACUUGAAUCCCAUUGAAAAUAUUUGGAAAGACUUGAAGAUUGCUGUUCACCGCCACUCCCCAUCUAAUUUAACAGAGCUUGAGAAAAUCUGCAAGGAAGAAUGGGAAAGAAUCCCCAAAUCCAGAUGUACAGUGAGGGAAAAAAGUAUUUGAUCCCCUGCUGAUUUUGGACGUUUGCCCACUGAUAAAGAAAUGAUCAGUCUAUAAUUUUAAUGGUAGGUUUAUUUGAACAGUGAGAGACAGAAUAACAACAAAAAAAUCCAGAAAAACGCAUGUCAAAAAUUUUAUAAAUGAUUUGCAUUUUAAUGAUCAGAAAUUAAUGAUUUAAUGAUCAUGAAAUCAGCAGGGCAUCAAAUACUUUUUUCCCUUACUGUAUUUGACCCCCUCUCAAUCACAAAUAUUUCUGGCUCCCAGGUGUCUUUUAUACAGGUAACGAGCUGAGAUUAGGAGCACACUCUUAAACAGACACCUGUCCACAGAAACAAUCAAUCAAUCAGAUUCCAAACUCUCCACCAUGGCCAAGACCAAAGAGCUCUCCAAGGAUGUCAGGGACAAGAUUGUAGACCUACACAAGGCUGGAAUGGGCUACAAGACCAUCGCCAAGCAGCUUGGUGAGAAGGUGACAACAGUUGGUGCGAUUAUUCGCAAAUGGAAGAAACACAAAAUAACUGUCAAUCUCCCUCGGCCUGGGGCUCCAUGUAAGAUCUCAACUCGUGGAGUUGCAAUGAUCAUGAGAACGGUGAGGAAUCAGCCCAGAACUACACGGGAGGAUCUUGUCAAUGAUCUCAAGGCAGCUGGGACCAUAGUCACCAAGACAACAAUUGGUAACACACUACGCCGUGAAGGACUGAAAUCCUGCAGUGCCCGCAAGGUCCCCCUGCUCAAGAAAGCACAUAUACAUGCCCGUCUGAAGUUUGCCAAUGAUCAUCUGAAUGAUUCAGAGGAAAACUGGGUGAAAGUGUUGUGGUCAGAUGAGACCAAAAUGGAGCUCUUUGGCAUCAACUCAACUCGCCGUGUUUGGAGGAGGAGGAAUGCUGCCUAUGACCCCAAGAACACCAUCCCCACCGUCAAACAUGGAGGUGGAAACAUUAUGCUUUGGGGGUGUUUUUCUGCUAAGGGGACAGGACAACUUCACCGCAUCAAAGGAACGAUGGACGGGGCCAUGUACCAUCAAAUGUUGGGUGAGAAUCUCCUUCCCUCAGCCAGGUCAUUGAAAAUGGGUCGUGGAUGGGUAUUCCAGCAUGACAAUGACCCAAAACACACUGCCAAGGCAACAAAGGAGUGGCUCAAGAAGAAGCACAUUAAGGUCCUGAAGUGGUCUAGCCAGUCUCCAGACCAUAAUCCCAUAGAAAAUCUGUGGAGGGAGCUGAAGGUUCGAGUUGCCAAACGUCAGGCUCGAAACCUUAAUGACUUGGAGAAGAUCUGCAAAGAGGAGUGGGACAAAAUCCCUCCUGAGAUGUGUGCAAACCUGGUGGCCCACAACAAGAGACGUCUGUGAUUGCCAACAAGGGUAUUGCCACCAACUACUAAGUCACGUUUUGCAGAGGAUUCAAAUACUUAUUUCCCUCAUUAAAAUGCAAAUCAAUUUAUAACAUUUUUGACAUGCGUUUUUCUGGAUUUUGUUGUUGUUAUUCUGUCUCUCACUGUUCAAAUAAACCUACUAUUAAAAUUAUAGACUGAUCAUGUCUUUGUCAAUGGGCAAACGUACAAAAUCAGCAGGGGAUCAAAUACUUUUUUCCCUCAAUGUACAAAGCUGAUACAGACAUACCCAAGACGACUCAAAGCUGUAAUCGCCACCAAAGGUGCUUCUACAAAGUAUUGACUCAGGGGUAUUAAUACUUAUGUAAAUUAGAUAUCUCUGUAUUUAAUUUUCAAUACAUUUGCAAAAGUAUCUAAAAACAUGUUUUCACUUUGUCAUUUUGGGGUAUUGUGUGUAGAUGGGUGAGAAAAAUAUUGGUUUAAUCCUUUUUGAUUUCAGGCUGUAACACAACAAAUGUGGAAUUAGUCAAGGUGUAUGAAUACUUUCUGAAGUCAGGGUAUAAAGAAGAAUAUAUAAAGCUAGGCACUGUGCUAACUUCUGUAACUACUGUACUAAGCUAAAUCUGUGUGUGUCUGACAGGAUGGCGGUUCGCAGAGCCCAAGGAGGUCGUCCCUGCCCCGGCCUGCCUCGGUCCCGCGGCCUGCCUCUAUCCUGAGCCGGCGUACCCACCACCACACACACGACCAGGAGGAGAGCUCCACCUCUAUCACCAGCUCCGGCUCUACCGCACCCCGUAGACCCACGUGUAAGUCACUUAUUUUUUUAGUGAGUGCAUACAUUUUUCAUACUGGCCCCCCGUGGGAAUUGAACCCACAACCCUGGCGUUGCAAGCGCCAUGCUCUACCAACUGAGCUACAGGAGGCCCCUCCUCCACCAUCCCCUCACCCUGAUACACUGGUCUCUCUCUUUCUGUUUUGAUCUGGCUCUCGCUCUUUUUUUUCUCUCUUGAUUUUUCUCUCGCCCUAUCUCUCUCUCGCCCUAUCUCUCUCUCGCCCUAUCUCUCUCUUUCUCUCACCCUAUCUCUCUCUCGCCCUAUCUCUCUUUCUCUCGCCCUAUCUCUCUCUCGCCCUAUCUCUCUAUUUCUCUCGCCCCAUCUUUCUCUCGCCCUAUCUCUCUCUUUCUCUCGCCCUAUCUCUCUCUUUCUCUCGCCCUAUCUCUCUCUCGCCCUAUCUCUCUCUCGCCCUAUCUCUCUCUCGCCCUAUCUAUUUCUCACCAUAUCUCUCUCUUGCUCUAUCUCUCUCUUUCUCUCACCCCAUCUUUCUCUCGCCCUAUCUCUCUCGCCCUAUCUCUCUCGCCCUAUCUCUCUCUUUCUCUCGCCCUCUCUCUCUCGCCCUAUCUCUCUCUCUCGCCCUAUCUCUCUCUCGCCCUAUCUCUCUCUUUCUCUCACCCUAUCUCUCUCUCGCCCUAUCUCUCUCUUUCUCUCACCCUAUCUCUCUCUUUCUCUCACCCUAUCUCUCUCUCACCCUAUCUCUCUCUUUCUCUCGCCCUAUCUCUCUCUCGCCCUAUUUCUCUCUCCCUAUUUCUCUCUCCCUAUCUCUCUCUCGCCCUAUCUGUCUCUUGCCCUAUCUCUCUCUCGCCCUAUCUUUCUCUCGCCCUAUCUCUCUCGCCCUAUCUCUCUCUCGCCCUCUCUCUCUGUUUAAUCCUCUACCGCUCAUCCUCUCCUCUAGCAUUCAGUACAGAGGUCAGGGCGGAGCAUAGGACAGGACGCGCCCCUAGUUGGACAGGUAGAGAGGAACUCUCAAUCUCAUCCAGUCCCAUCCAGUUUCAUCCAUGUCUAACUUGGUCCCUCUUCAUCUCAACUGGUUUCACCUAGUCCUGCAGUGUCUCACCUAGUCCUGCAGUGUCUCACCUAGUCUCAUCUUGUCUCACAUGGUCUCACCCAGUCUCGUCCAGUUCAUCUCUAUGUGUGUUCAAUAUCCCAUUCUUAGUAAGAGAUUACUUGUUGGAAUGUCUCAUCCUUGGCAGUUACCCACUGGGCACACACUGAUUGAAUCAACAUUGUUUCCACGUCAUUUCAAUGAAGUUACGUUGAACUAAAGUGGAAUAGACAUUGAAUUGACGUCUGUGCUCAGUGGUAGUAAGCCUAUAGUUCGUGUUUCAUUAACCUCUUUUAUUCUAUUAACUACAUUGUUUCAUCUAAUUUGUGUUUGUUUUGAUCCACUCUUCAUCUGACCAACUUCUAUAGUUUGGUGCAGUAAUGUUAGCCUGGUCCCAGAUCUGUUUGUGCUGUCUUUCCAACUCGUAUGGAUCAUAGACAACACAAAACUGCACCAGGAUAGAGUAAUGCUGAGAGAUGCCCAACCUAAUUGACCUUUGAGUAACCUCUCUAUAUGACCUCUGUGACCUUUAUAUGACCUCCCCACACCCAGGCACACAGUCGAUGCGUUCCCGUUCGCUGUGCAGUGGCCCCACCACACCCCGCACGCCAGGGUCCACAGCCAUCUCCCCUGGUACCCCUCCCAGCUACAGCUACUCCUGUCGCACACCCGGGACCCCUCGCACCCCCGGCACACCACGUUCUCGAAGCCUGCUGCAGGAGAAGAAGGUAUGGUCUGCCUCCGAAAUGGCACCCUAGGUAACCGGUUCAAUAGAGCUGGAAAGGAAGCAAUGGUGUUGUACUGUGCUCGUUUGAGGCAAGUACUCAAUAAGUGUUUUAAAUUGAAUUGUAUUUGAUUUGAUUUAUUUAGACUUGAUUUAUUCAGGAGAUCAUAUUGAGACAUCUCUUUUCCAAAUGAGACCACAGUAUAUCAUGAAAGCAAUUUAUCGUUGGCAAUUUAGGUCCCAAUUAAUUAAUUAAUUAAUUAAUUCAAGGUGGCUCUGCUCCGCACCCCUCCCAAGUCACCUGCCACCACCCCCAAACAGCUCCGCAUCCUUAACCAGCCCCUGCCCGACCUCAAGAACAUCAAGUCCAAGAUCGGCUCCACAGAUAACAUCAAGUACCAGCCCAAGGGGGGACAGGUUAGUGCCCCUUUGGUUACCUAAUGUACCCACCCUCCCUCUCUUUUGUCCUUCUCCUUAUUUAUCCUCCCUUUCUACCUCAGUCUUGUAUUGUAUUUGACUGAUGCUGUAUCUGCUAGUUAUUUUUCCAGGGCUUCUACCCAGCCUUUCAGACCCUGUUCCUCCCUCCUCUGUCCCUCUCUCUGUCUUUCAUGUCCCUCUUC